CUUCCGAUACUAAACCGCUGGCAACACACUUAACUGAAGACGGUCAGAUGGCGCAUUAAAGGUGGAUUUAUAAUAAACCUUUGAUCAAAAGUCGUCCAGAAAAAAUAUCAGAAACAUUUGACGAGGACUAAACAGUUUUAACAUGGAGCCUGCUGUAAUAAACCUUCAUGGCGUGUUUGAGAAUCUUCGAGCCCAUGUCGAGAUCCUCAGUGAGAGCAUUGAGCCCCAAUUCAUUCAGAUGGCCUUGAACUUUGAGGACUGUCGUCAUAAAUGGCUGAGAGUGGAGCAGGAUUUGGCCUCCUGUAAGGAGGUGCUUGCCAAAGCAGAAACUGAGAGAAGUGCACUGGAGGUCAAGUUAAAACAUGCUCGCAACCAAGUGGACGUAGAAAUCCGCAGACGACAGAAAGCUGAAUCAGACUGUGAAAAGUUGGAUCGUCAGAUCCAACUCAUUCGAGAUCUGUUGGUCACGGAGAGUUCCAGUUCCAGUAUCCAGUUAAAUGAUGAGCAGCGGUCAGCUCUGGCUUUCCUCAACGCACGCUCACAAGCACCUGCCAACCUCAACAGCAGCCGAAGGCUGACCACUAUUGAUGAAUCUGCCUCAAUUUUGUCAGAUAUUAGCUAUGAUAAAACUGAUGAUUCAUUGGACUGGGACUCUUCUGUUGUCAGAACUGUUCGACUGAAGAAACGUCAGAAAAGGCGCUCCUCCAGAAACCAUACUGAUGGGCCUCCUGCUGCUGCCAAGAAGUCUCGGUCCACAGGCCGCACCUCUGAAAAGGGAAACGAGUCUCUAGUGGCCAAGACCACAGUGACUGUAUCCAAUGGAGGUCCCAUAGAGACCAUCACCACUCUUGAAGCUGUGCCUUACUGGACCAGAAGUAGGAGAAAGACUGCUGCCAUUGUUUGGGCCUCGGCAGACAUGGAUUCUGUGCAGUCCGUGGACAUAAAACGGACUGAGAUGAAAGCGGAGCCCAGCACACCACAGAACAAUGGGGGUGUUCGUGUGCAUGAGUUUGUUUCCAAAACGGUAAUAAAGCCGGAGUCCUGUGUUCCUUGUGGGAAGAGGAUAAAGUUUGGAAAAGUUUCUCUGAAGUGCAGGGACUGUCGUGUGGUCACCCAUCCCGAAUGUCGAGAGCGCUGUCCCCUACCCUGUGUCCCGAACGUGUCUGGGACUCCAGUAAAAAUUGGAGAGGGCACUCUUGCAGACUAUGUCUCCAUCACCUCUCCCAUGAUUCCGCCUCUGGUGGUCCACUGUGUGAAUGAAAUUGAGCAAAGAGGCCUGCAUGAGACUGGUCUAUACCGUCUGUCUGGUUCUGACCGUAUGGUGAAGGAGCUGAAGGAGAAGUUUCUGCGUGGAAAGACUUUUCCACUGUUAAGUAAGGUGGAGGACAUCCAUGCUAUUACCGGCCUCCUCAAGGACUUCCUGAGAAACCUGAAAGAGCCGCUGCUAACCUUCCGCCUCAACAGUAAUUUUAUGGCGGCAGCAGAGGUAGCAGAUGAAGACAAUUCCACUGCACUGAUGUACCAAACUAUCAGUGACUUGCCUCAGCCAAACAGGGACACACUGUCCUUCAUUAUCAGCCAUCUUCAGAGAGUUGCCCAAAGUCCUGAUACCAAGAUGGAUUUGACUAAUCUGGCCCGUGUGUUUGGACCUACUAUUGUGGGUCAUGGUGUACCUGACCCAGACCCAAUGACCAUUCUGCAGGACACAAAACGGCAACUGAGGGUUGUUGAACGCUUGCUGAGCUUGCCUGCAGAGUACUGGAGCCAGUUCCUAAUAGUGGAGCAGGACCACCAUCAAGCUUGUACUGAUCAGAUGAUUAUUGAGAACACUAAUGUUUAUUCCACUCCAGACCAAAAAGUGAGCAUGUUUGGCCCCCUCACCACUCCAGAGCAGCAGAUGAGCAAGAAUUCAUCUUCUAGUUCUCUGUCUCAGCGAAUGAAAAAUGCUACGCUGGGCGUCAUCACUCCUAAGUUUGGUAGCAAGAGCAAAUCCGCUGUCGGCUUCAGUCGUCAGGGGAACUUCUUUGCCUCUCCUCUGUUAAAGUAGCCAGGAGAACAUCGAGGGCACCUAGAGCUGCCCCUGACUAGUUUUUCAGGACAGAGCUGCUAUACUCUGCACAAUUAAUCUAUCUACAAAUACAAGUUUUUAAUUUGCUUUUAGUGUUGUAUUUGCGUUUCUAUUUCCAUGGGG